GCUAGUCAACACAGCUAACCAGCUCUAGCCGGGCAGGAGAGCAGCGGCUGCGGGCUUCGGAACCUCGCCAUCUCCAAUCCUCGGCCGCGUGUUUUCGGCUCGGUUCGCAGUCGAGGCUCGCCGGAAUCAUGUCGAGCAGCGGCGUGACUCUGCGGACUCAGAUCGCCUCCAUCAUCGACGUCCUCUCCAAAGCGGCCGUGUCUCAGAUCGCCAAAGUUGUGGAGGAUGGCAUGGUGGUGCUGCGGCUGGAGAUGUGUCAGCGAGAGAACGAGAUCAAGAUCCUCAAGAGCAACAUCGAGGUGCUGCACCGGGAGCUGAAGGUGGCGCGGCAGAGGGGGGCGCCGAGAGCCGAGCUGCGGGGGAAGGACGAUGCACCAGGUGGCAGCCAGAAUCUCCGGGCCGCACCUGACUCCACGCCCAUCCAUCCAGACCAAAUGAUUCCGCCCAAAUGUGACGUCCAGGUGAAAACCGAACCAGCAGAAGAGGCAGUGGGUGAGAAGUCUGGACCGUCCAGAGAAGACCAGAAGACACAGGAGCUUCCUCAGUGGAGGCCCACGACACAAGAAGAUCCCGCAUCCAAACACUUCCUUCAUUUAGGACCCGGCGCCCUGCAAAGUCUUCCCGUCCAGGAGUCCCGGCUGAUCUGCGGCUCCCCCUUCCAGGGCGGUCUGUCCAUGGGUCAGCACCGGAACCUGUACAACGCGGUGCGGCGGAGGACGGUGAAGAGGCUGAUGUUCAAGAAGGGCUUCCUGUGUCCGUACUGUAACAAGUACUUUGAGCGCUCCGGGCACCUGGAGCGGCACAAGAGGAUCCACACCGGAGAGAAACCGUACCGCUGCGACAUCUGCGGGAAGCGCUUCAACCAGAACUGCAGCCUGAAGGAGCAUCUGAAGAUUCACCGCAGAUCUCUUCAGACCCAACCAGUCGAAAUGGAGACGACUCAGGAGGAGAAGUCCAGUACCAAUCCCGCUCCUCCAGAGGUCCAAGUCUCCGCCAUGGCUGAACCCACUCACCCGAACCAAGAGGAAACGCCGGUGAAGGUGAAGUCAGAACCAGUGGAAGAGAAGAUUCCGACACCAAAGCCAACGGAGGAGGCAAAAGAAGCCGAGCCAGAAAACGCUGAUGAGAAACUGAAAAAAGAGGACCAGAAGUCCAGUUCUCAAAGACCGAACGGGACGGAGGCCAGGACCACAGAUGGGUCUGGAGGUCCGGGCCAGAGCUCCGACGGUUCUGCCGGUCAGAGCUCCAUGUCUCUCCCGGGAACGUUGCAGUUGAUGCCGCCACAUGUGGAAGCUUCUGCCAGCACCUUCAGCUUCUCAGGGAAGCAGUUCAGAGAACUCAACAACAACAGCAUGACCCAGACCUUCUACGGACCCGUGGAGCCGCACGACGUGUGGAUGGACCCGCUGUCGCACCACCAGCACCAGAGAUUCAACUCCUUCCAAAUGGUCAAACCCAAAAAGUGCUUCAACUGCACGUACUGCGGGAAGAUCUUCGAGCGCUCGGGUCACCUGGAGCGCCACCUCCGGAUCCACACGGGAGAGAAACCGUACGGCUGCCACAUCUGCGGCCGGUGCUUCAACCAGAAGUGCAGCCUGAAGGGCCACAUGAAGACGCACCGUAACGGUGAGAACUCAGAGCUGCAGGGGGCCAUGUUCGGCAUGCUUGCCGAUCGACCCGUGGAGAACCACGGUGAUUCCAAGAGGGCUCUGUUGGACGGGCCGUUCAUCAGCUCGUCGUACAGCGAGUCGACCUCGGACCACAUCGUGAUGGUGAAGCUGGACGGGGACGGCGGCGAGUAUUCCACUCCGACCAGGACCCAGGACGGCGCCGCGCCUCCCGAGCACGCUUUCCUCCUCAACGCCAAGAAGGCCGACGGCCCGGCCGACCGCUCCGUCCGGGUCUUUCUGAACGACAUGAACUUCCAACUGGUUCCGUCCUCGGCCUCCGGCGACUGGAGGGAUUACUCGGCACAAAUCAGGGAUCUGCCUUUUCUAAACGACAAAAUGAAGAUGGAGAUGCUUCCCGGCGAGCGCUACUCGCUGAUGGCGGUGCCGUCCGGGGGUUCGGAGCCCGGCGACCCGCACGUGGCGCACGAGCUCGACUCGCGGCACCAAGACGUCUUUGACUUCAACGUGAGCGGCGCGGGGAGCUACGACGACAACAGCGGCGGCGAGUCCAGCCGCCAGAACUGCUUCAUCUGCUCCACCUGCGGUCAGAGUUUUGAUACCUUCGAUCUGUUCGAGCGACACAGCUGUAAAGACUUCCUCUGAGCUUCCCGCCCGGCUGCAUGCGCCACCUUCUGUCAUCCUGUCCCUCCAUAGUUAAACUCGAGCUCUCUUCCACGUUCAAGCCACAAAACCGCACCACGUUCUCCCUUCAUUUAUCUUAGUUAUGAGUGCUAUAACACACAAAUCAAUGUUCACCGUGACGACCAAACAGCCACGUCGGUUAUCAUUGUUCAACCUAAAUAUGAUAAUGUCACCCACCGGAGCUCUUUUUGUCUGUUCAACAGCUUUUAUUUUGAAAGGCUGGAUUCGUUUUAAUUUAUGCCAUUUUCAUUUUUUGGUGCCUUAUUUAUGAUGCUGUGUCAGUGAUUUUUUUUUUGUUGUCGUUUGUUUUCAAUCCGUGGGGUCUUCAUAUAGCGCCCCCUUGGGUUGAACUUCAGGCACUGCGGGUGGCUGAAGCCAUCACUCUAUACGUGUUCAGGUUAGUUUCAUCAUUGAGAUGCCGUUGAGCUGUUGGCAACCAAUUUACACUGAAGCUUAAAGCUGGACUUCACCAAAAUUUCAAGUGGCUUUCCCUGAAAAGUGUGUUGUGGAGAAAAGCUAACAGCCCCUGUAGUAGUAAUAUUUGAUUGUCGCCAAAAUGUGUGUCAUUUCAACCUCAUAUCGGGCAGAUACUCACUUUAAUUCUCACACAAAAGCGUUUAUUUUGGCAGACACGACAGGAAGAACAAUCAAGAUGCUGCUAAUGCUAACUUUUCUUUGACAAACUUCAGCAGUAUUGUGAACAAAUGUGAAUAAUAUCAAGAUAAAAAAAAUCUGAAUUAGUAAUAUCCUGAUUUAUUUUCCAAUUGCAAAUAUAAAAAAUAUAUAUAUUGACACAAAAGCUCCUAAGCUCAUAACUCAGAUGUGCGUACACAGAGUGGGCAGCGUUUUUCAAUCCCUUUUCUUUAUUUGAAAAUCGCUAAAUAAUAAGUACAAGUACGGUAUAAUUUCCCGGCUACGUGAGAAGGUGCUGUUGGGUUUGUUGAGACUGAAACCUCACUGUAACUGGGAAGCAGUGUUGUUGUUAUUAUUGCCUUGUAGUUUCAUCUAAACCACGAGUUUUAAAAUGAAAUUAAGGAUCAAUGAAGCAGAAAUUGAUGGAAGCCAACGGACGUUAACUUGCUGAUGUCUUGUUUCAUGGUACGCAGCUGUGAAGUGUGUAGCUGGCGUUUGAUCCCACGUCCUAUAAUCUCCAUUCACUGUUCACGUCACUUGGGCAUUUACUUUUGCUUUCUUCACACUCUUUAAUUCAAUCCUUACAAUCAGAUUUGUGUGAAACAAGCCCUUGAAUGUUCAGCUUUUCUUUGCCUUUUUUAAUCAUCUUGUCAUGACUGAAUGAAUGUGAAUCUGGAUAUUAUAUAUACAAUAAAAAAAACUUGAGUUCCUGGGGCCGACUCAGUAUACAGUAGUAACAUGUAUGUAUGUCCACAAGGGGGCAGCAUUUCGAGAGGCGCGGCCAUUGUCUUGUGUUGCAGUAUGUUGGAAUCGGUUUUAAAGUUCAAGUCAGAAGCUGGAAACCUGCCGUUCACCGUUUUUAUUGCCAAAUGGAAGAUUAAGAAAAAAAAAACUUGUCUUGUUAGCUGAUAGCGAUAGAGGCUGUUUCCGCCGUCUGUUUUGAUUUGUUGGUACUGUUUUUUUCGCGACGUCUUGUGACCAAUGGGAGCAGUUCCUGGCUGAAAGUGUAACUGUUUAUCACGUUGCUGCUGCUGAUUCAUCACUUCAGUCAAUUCCAGAAAUCACUGAGGAAUGUUUAGCGACUAUUCUGCAAGGAAUAUUUCAAAAUCCCCAAAUAGAAUCGGGAAUUUUCCCAUGUGUCACGUCAACUGAAUGUCAUCAUUUUGCCUUUGUUUUUGUUUGAAGUUUGUUGAGCUGUGACUUUUCAUGUGGAGAGGUUUGUGAUGUCCUUUGAUGAACGGGUGAACGCAUGAAGGAGGAACCCGAAAAUAUCACAGAACCAACAAGAGCCCGACUCUUGUGUCUGGCAGCGGAACAAAAGUCGGCACGUGCUGAUCACUCCAUCUCCACUAGGGGCGCAACAGAAUCAACAAACAGAAUCCCCAGAGGGCUUUAUUUUUUACAAACCUGAUGGUCAUUUGGAAAACAGUUUGAUAUACUUCCGUGUUUCGUAGCCGUGUGUGUUUGAAUUAUUUGGCGACUAAACGAGUGGGGGCUGUUUCCUCUGGGUCCUAGUGCCUGUCUCUCUUCUUCUCGGUUUCAUUGUUAAAAAAAAAAAAGUGGAUCUGGUCCAACUGCCUUCCAUAAAUUAUGAUCCUGACACCGGCUGGAAAAGUGGUGUCGUCGUGGCCAACAGUUGACUGAAGUGUUUGUCUACAGAGGAAAUUUCUGUGUUGAAA